AUGAAGGUUGCAGUUGCUUUUUCUCUCCUGACGGCUGUCAGCGCACAGUCUGUCAUUGAUACUCUCAGCUUUGGACAUGGCUCGAGGUUUUCUCCUUAUCCAGACAGUCUUCCAGGAUGGACCAUCAAGGGCGAGGGCCACGAACCCCAGAUUCUCUCGGACAGACUCAUUCUAACGCCUCCAUACCCCGGGCAUACUAGAGGCUCCGUAUGGGCUCAAAAUGCGGCUUCCCUGUCUGAGUGGACGUCUGAAUUCCAAUUCAGAGCUAGUGGUGCGGAAAGAGGUAGCGGCAACCUUCAACUGUGGUAUGUGAAAGACGGAGAAAGCAGUGUUGGUGCCUCGAGCAUCUACACAGUGGGCCAAUUCGAUGGCUUUGUCUUAACAAUUGAUACCCAUGGAGGCAGGGCCGGAAGCAUCCGUGGCUUCUUAAAUGAUGGCUCAAUAGCUUACAACCAGCACACCAAUGUCGACAGCCUGGCCUUUGGACAUUGCGAUUAUGCGUAUCGAAACCUAGGACGCCCAUCCGUCAUCAAGAUUGAACAGUCCAGCUCGAUUUUCCAGGUGGCUGUUGAUGAUAAGGUGUGCUUUCAAUCACCCAAGGUCGCCUUACCUGCGGGUAAUGUCUUUGGUGUAACAGCUGCUACACCCGACAACCCAGAUUCGUUUGAACUCUUCAAGUUUCUCGUGACACCCGUUGCUCAAGCCACUGCGCAGUUCUCCGACCAGCAACAGGUACCAAUCGAGGCUCGUUCCGAGAGCAAUGUUCAGUCAAAUGAAAUCAACCUGGGUUCGCUAGAUGAUAUGAACAGCCGUAUCCAUCAAGUUAGCCAAGAAGUUUCCCAAAUCUCCCAGCACCUAGAUGAGCGUCACCAGGAACUCCUCAAUAGAAUUUCAUCAGCGAUCUCUUCAUCAGGCUCUUCGUCCGAAUCCUCGCCGCAAAACGACGCUCGCUUAGACGCAAUCAACGAGCGCCUUCGACGUAUUGAGAACGUGUUGUCGGACCUGCAGCGUGACGGCUCCGGAAGGGACUACCGUAACCAAUUCAAUCAGCUCCACAAGGCCAUUGAAAACUCCCAUGUUAGUCUGACGGAAGCUCUACAGACUUCUAUUUUUAACAUGAUCACUGCUACAACACCGCGCAUGGGUCUCUUCAUUUGCGUCGUGAUUGCUUUCCAACUCCUCUUGGCUGGCGCUUAUAUCAUUUACAAGCGUCGACGCAAUAGCAUGCCGAAGAAGUUUUUGUAA